AAGUACGGUAUAAUUUGGUAAAAAAAAAAAAAAAAAAAGGAAAAACAGAGAGAGAGAAACACCACUGUCGCACUUCGAUCUGUCUAAUUUCAUCUCCAAAUUUUUUUAACAAAAAUCUCACUCUCUCACCUGAUCAGAAAAAAUCGAAACCCUAAUUUCUCUCUCUCCCCCUAUCAAUUUUUUUCACAAAUCUAAUUCCUUUUUGCCACUCUCAGUGGACCAGCAACAAAAACUUGAUCACUAACAGUAACAAACAAACCCUAACUCUUUGGUUUUUUAGUAAUUUAAUUCAUGGCAACCCUCACUAACUCGAACACGAUCACCAGCACCGCAGCCGAUCACUCUCCUCGCCAUACAAUCGCCGCCAAUAGCAUCAGCAACAGCAAUCAGGUGGGCAGUCCCCAAUCGCAGCGGGGAUCCGGUAAGCAAGUUUCUCCUCCAUGGACACGAAUCGUGCGUGGUGUUGAAUCGGAAUCUUCUUCUAAUGCUUCAACGGAGGCGGAGCAAGCGGCUGCAGUUUUCGUGGCGGAGAAAGAGAGUGUGGAGAGUGAGAAUAAUGUGAGCAAGAGACCGGUAUGGAACAAGCCAUCUACGGCUGGUAAUGGUCUUGUAGAGAUUGGGAGUGUUAUGGGGGCUGAUUCCUGGCCUGAUUUAUCUGAGUCAGCUGCUAGGGUUUCUUCUUUGACAAAAUCAUCUGCGGAUUCUUUGAAAGGUUUAUUAUUUGAUGGAUCAUCAUCUUCCGUCUCUGUUUCCCAGGGAACUGAGACUGCAUCCUCAUCUUCACAGAAACAAGUUAACAAUACUGCAAACCCUAAUUCAACUCCAAAUAAUGCAGUACCAGCACGCCAGAAAUCAAUGAAGUGUAAAGGUGUUAACACAGCUUCUAAUGGUGGCACUCAUUCACCAGGAUCACAGAGCGCAGCAGGGGAAGGACAUUUAAAUAACUCUUCUUCUAGGGAUCAUGCACAAAAGAGUUCCCAAUCCCGUGGCUCUAAUGAUCAUCCUCAACAGCAGCGCACUUCAUUUAGGAACUGUAAUGGUGGGCUACAUUCUCGAGGAGAUGGUUCUCACCAUCACGGUUAUGGUGGCAGGCGAAAUGAUCUAGAUCUUGCAAAUCAUGAUUGGAAUGCUCAUCCAAAUUUUAGCAGGGAUGGUCACAUGCAGCCAUUACCAAGAGUUGCCCCAAGGCAUAUGAGGCAUCAACCACCGCCUCCACCAACACCUGCUACCUCUCCCUUUAUUGCUCCCCCACCAGUGCGGCCUUUUGGCCUUGUGGGUUUCCCUGAUAUGGGAUUGCCGUUGUAUUAUGUUUCUCCACAUCCAGGUUCUAUGAGAGGUGUGCCUAUUAUUGCAGCUCCAGUACCAACUCAUACUGUUUUUUUCCCUUCAGAUCCUCAGUUGCACAUUAGGAUAUUGCAUCAGAUAGAUUAUUAUUUCAGUAAUGAAAAUCUAGUCAAAGAUAUAUACUUGCGGAGGAACAUGGAUGAUCAAGGUUGGGUGCCUAUUAAAUUAAUAGCAAGCUUCAACAAAACUGACAGUUAAUAGCGGUGUAAGGUUUUUACUGCUAGCAUUUCAGACGAGGAUUUUGAUGCGUAUUAACUAGAGCAUGCAUAUUAAGGUCAUGUCUUUUUUUAUCAAUGAUUGUUAUCACAUUGAAUAAGCUAAAGCUUGAAGUUGUUUCUAGAAACUUCUUUUAUUCCAAUGAAGUAUUUUUUUCUUGUGUGAUUUUCAUGCCAUGUUUUGGAGUAUAAAUGUGCCUUUUUUCUGUUUUUGUAGACAUGCUCUUUGCAUUAGUAGUUAUGAUUCUUUAGGAGUCUGGAUUAUGUUCUUUUCAGUGUCAUGGUUGUUUACAUACGGUGUUCCAACUUUGUUUUCUCUCCUGUUCUUUUUUCUGCAUUUACAGGUUGAGAAGAACUAUUAGAAUAUGUACUUCGUAGCUGAUUAAUUGGUUUUCCUAAUAUUAUUCUGUUAUCUAUUCUCUUCUGAGAGUUGAUAUUGUUUAAGAUUUAUGUUUGAUCUUGUACGUGCUGCAUGGUUGGUCCUUUUUUUCCCUUGGUUUUGCUAUUAUAUUAUUGAUUAAGUACCAAUGUUGUGGGCCAUGAGUUACUAUUAGCUGAAAAUCCAGAUGUACGCAGAUAUGAAUUAGAUAAUAUGUCAAAGUAUCUUGUAGGAAUGUCAAAUUAAUUUCCACUGAAAUUUCACUAGGAUGGAUGAAUGAUGAUGCAGGACAACUUUUUGUGAUUUAUGUCUUACUAAGAUUUUGUGGUGGAUUAGGGCAUGGAAGAUAGGGAUUUAAAGGUUUAAAUUUAAGAAGAAAGGAUUUGGGAGUUUAUAAAUUGAAACUAAAGAAAUAUAAGGGAUAUAUGGGGUUUGAUUGCUGAAAGCAAUAGGUUUGCUAGUGGCACCUUUGUAGGUUUUCUAAGAGUCACACUUAGGAGGACUAAAAUGUACUAAAGGUUCUUAGGAGUUAUCACUAAGAUGAUUAUUUCAUACAACCAUAAAGCAUAUAGGUGAAAAAUUUGUUCAUAAACUCAAAUUCUCCGAUGAAUGAUUACAUGCUUUUAUAUAGAGUUCCUAGUACUCCAAGUUCAACAGGGACUUAGAUUCCUAUAUAGGAAAAACCUACUUAAUUAAGGACUAUGAAUGGACUAAAACAUAUAAUAAAAACAACGUCCUAGAAAAUUUCAAGCAUGUUUGGAAGUUACAAAAGUAUAUACCAGUGUUGUCAAAAGGCAUUGAUGUGCUUGCCUAGGUGCUCCAGGUGAGGCCCCAACACCUUUAUUAGCCUCAGGUGUUGAAUUUCAAUGAAGUGCUACCUAGGCGAGCAGCUUUUGAGUGGGUGCAAGGUGUUAAGGCUAGUGUUUGCUUGAAUUUCAUAAAUUUUUGUUGGAUUUUUUUUUUAACUUAUUUAUGUUAUGGCCUGUUUGCCCAUUUUUUUAAUUUACCACAAGAAACAACUUAGGGUUUUUUUGGUAGAAAACAAAGAUUAGGGUAAUUUUUUUUU